CUAGUCUCUACCAUACGACCCACGCCCUUCCCUCCAGCCCCAAGAAAACAAUCUCCUGAAGUGCCGAACACCAACAGAACCUCACCCUCGCUUGCACGUACUCCACUCCACUCCACUCAGCUGAGCUGAGUGGCUGACUGAGCUUUGCCGGCAACAAUGGCCACCCUUGCCAAGCACCUCAUCCUGUGCUCCAGCGCCACCUCCUCCAACUCCUCUCCCUCGAACCGCCACCGCCCGCACGAUGACGGCGCCGACAAGCGCACCAACGCGCCGCAGUCGGCCACGCGCCGGCUCGCGGUGGCCGCGUCCACGGCGCUGGCCGCGACGGCCGCGCUCUCCGCCCGGCGCCCCGCGGCGCCGCCCCCGGCCAUGGCUGCCGAGGCUGCCGCGGUGCCGGCCCCGGCGCCGUCGCCGCCCGGGAGCGUGCCGAGGUGGGGCACGCGGUCGUACGUGCGGGAGAGGUUCUUCGAGCCCGGGCUGACCGCGGAGGAGGCCGCGGCGCGGAUCCGGCAGACGGCGGAGGGGAUGCGGACGCUCCGGCCGAUGCUGGAGACCAUGUCGUGGAAGUACGUGCUCUUCUACGUGCGCCUCAAGUCCAAGUACCUCGACCUCGACCUCACCACCGCCAUGGCCGCCGUCCCCGAGCCGCGCCGCCCCGACUACGUCCGCGUCGCCAACCAGCUCGUCGACAACAUGACCGAGUUCGACCGGUUUGUGCGGACUCCCAAGGUGUACGAGUCGUACCUCUUCUACGAGAAGACCCUCAAGUCGCUGGAUGAAGUUGCAGAGUUCCUCGCAUGAUCCUGUACAGUAUAUAUACCGUAAUCCGUAGGUCUAGAAAUGUGUUGCUUCCUUAAGAUUCCACUCUUACAAACUAAACAUGAAAUACUAAGUUGCCUCAGCAAAUCUGUAGCAGAUGCAACUUUCUACGCA